AUGGCAGCCUACGACAAGGCUUUGAAAAGGGGAGUUGCCAAGCCAUCGAAGUACGUAGAAGGACUGGGAUUGAAAGGGUGGUACCGGUGCUGCUACCCGAAGUGGCCGAAAGUCCGGGACAAGCACAAUUGGCCACUUGUUUGCCGGGCAGCUCCAGAUAUCGCAAAAACACACAAAGAGUGCCCAGACAUCAUCAAGCAGUUUUUGGGCCAACCCAAGAAAUUUAUUACUCGAGGAGCUGAAGGAUCAAGCAGCAUAUUGCCUCAGGAGUUUGUGAGCGUGGUUGGUGAACAUGUGGUUGAACGCUUGCAACUGGGGGAAGAGGUUGACUACGACUACGUCGCUGGUGCAUUGUCAUCCUCAGUGGAAUUGUGGAAUCAGUGCGUUGGAUCAGUGCGAGAAAAGCUUUCAAAUCCAGAAACUGUUCUGGCGGAAAUGAACAAGCUGUCAGGCCGAUAUUGUGGGGAAACGAAUUUUCAAGAAGUGCUCGCGUCCAUCAAGAAGCAGCUGGAAACGCUGAAAACCAUUUCUUUGAAACCAUCCGACGAGGGCUUCAGGAAGCAUGCAUGGCGCAUUUGCAACAGAUGCGCCAUUGGCAUGCAAGCCAAUACAAAGCCUGGUAAGCACUUGGAUUUCAACCAUCCUGCCAUGAAGAGGGUCAGAGAUUACGUCGCCAUGGAGAUUUCCAGCGACAAAAUCCAUGAGAAGCUCUGCGCCAACUUUGAUCAAGUAUGGUGCAUGAACUUUCGUCCUCGAGCCCGGUCACUUCAGCAGAAGCCAUCGGAAUAUGAUCCACUUUCGAAGCUUCCCAGCAAGAAAAAGUUGAGACAGAAGUUUGAAAGGAUCCUAGAAAGCACUGUGGCCGACAUGCCCGUGGGGGAACAGGAAGCAAUGGUUGCAACUCCUCGGCUGACUGGUGGAGCUGCAGCAAACGUGCCAGUAGAAGGCUAUCGAAAGCCCCACACUCUCACCACACUCUCAUGGUGUGAUGGGAGCGUGUCAAGGGGAUUCGUCACUGUCAAUGAGGAUGAUCUGAGUGAGUCACAACGUGCUGCCAUCAACGAGGACUGGGAACUUGCAGCUGUAUUCAGAUUAUGUAUAUAUAUAUAUAUUUACACAUAUAUAUAUAUAUUUAUGUAA